UUUUACCCCAGUUUACCGCUCACAAAAUUUACAGAGGGACACUGAUGUUUUAAGAUGCAGCCGCUGGGUUUACGUGCUUUUCUUUGGGUGCUGCUUCCCUUUGCUUUCUGUCAGGAUGAUAAAUGUGCGAUACAUGGGAGAGAUGGCGUGAAUGGAGUCCCUGGCAGAGACGGCUUACCAGGAGCAAAGGGAGAGAAAGGAGCACCAGCAUUGCAGGAUGAGCUGAACAGGAUCAGCCUGCAGGAACUCAAAGGAGAGACAGGCAUCAGAGGCCCUCCAGGAGAACCUGGUCCAAAGGGUUUCAUGGGUGCACAGGGUCCAAAGGGUUUUCCUGGUCCUAAGGGUCCUAGAGGAUCCAGUGGUGGCAUUGAUGGCAGUGGAGAAGCCAGUAAGAAGCCAGCUUUCUCUGUGCUGCGAAACCGAGCAGAUUUGGCUUCAUAUGGCCAACCUGUGACCUUUGAUAAUCAACUUAGCAAUGUUGAUAAUGAGUUCAACCUUGCAACUGGCUAUUUCACUUGCAAGGUUCCUGGGGUGUAUUACUUUGUGUUUCACGCAUCAUCUGAAGGACACUUAUGUCUCAGACUUAAGAGUAACAGGAAUGCAGUCAGCCUGAAUUUCUGCGACUUAAACCCACGAUCAUUAUCUGCUGUUGUGUCAGGUGGAGCUGUACUUCAACUAUCUACAAAUGACAAAGUAUGGAUUGAGCCUUUCACAAAAACUGCUGCUGGCAGCAAAAUGUCCAAAAGCACGUAUGCUGUGUUCAAUGGAUUUUUAAUCUACCGCAACACAUAGGAGACUUAAAAGUCUAUUAAACAGGUUGCCAAUGAUUACUGACUGCGGUAGUGAUGUAUAGCAGUGAUGUAAGCAUUUCAAAAACAUUAAUGAAAGUCUAAUCUGAUCUGUUGCAUGCUGCAUUCAAAUCUUGUAUUCAUGUAUCUUGUCUUGUAUUAAAACUGCUUUGUUGUCUUUGAUAAAUGUCUACAAUUAACUAAAUAAAAGCAUAAGAA